AUGGCUCCUUUAACUACGCACAGAAAUUUCUACCUUCUACGGAUGGACGAAGAGGAAUUUCAGGAAUAUCUUGAUGAGAAAUUGGAAGAAGUCGGCAUCGUCGACAUUUCCGAUGUGGAGGAAAUAUGCCCCUCCGCCCCUAUGCAGGAGGGAAUCCAGCUAAGCAAGAUGGACCCCUCGGCACCGGAUUACAAUGUCGUCGCCACAAUUUGUAUCCACCCAGUCCGGGACAAUGAUGCGGUCGACCCCAGCCUUGUCCGCCGGUGCUGGCAGCAAGUGGUCGAUCGGCACCCCAUCCUGAGGAGCAUACUUGUAGAGAGCGUGGAAUACGGUCGUUUCUCAGAUCAAAUAGUCCUCUCGCAGUGGUCGGCGGACAUCCGAGAAGGAGAAUCGCUUGGAGAUUUCCCCGAGCUUCUCGAAUUCCCCGAGAACCAGCCCGCUCACCGGCUCACUCUGGUUCCUAGGGACAAAGGGAGCAUACUCUGCCGACUAGAAAUCGACCACACCCUCACCGAUGGCAUAUCCGUGGCCAUCAUAAUGCGCGAUAUGGCCAGCGCGUAUGUAGGCGAGCUGCCGCCGACGCCGGCCCCGCGGUACAGCGACUACAUCGCAUUCCUUCAAGAAGACGACCAGGAUGCGCACCUGACGUACUGGACACGACUGCUGUCCGACGCCCAGCCAUGUCUGUUCCCGACGGCGCAAACCCCGCUCGGCAGUGACGCCGAAAACAAUCAGCAGCUGGCAGUUCCCGUGCCCAAUCUGCGGUCUUCACUUCUUCACGCCUUUUGUCUGAGGAACAACAUCACGCUAUUUAACCUUGUCCAGGCAGCCUGGGCACUGGUCCUCCGGAAGUACACGGGCAUGGAUGAUGUCUGCUUCGGGUACGUCACAGCUGGGAGAGAUUUGCCCAUUCCACAGGUCGAGGACACCAUGGGGCCUUUUAUCAACACGCUGGUCUGCCGCGCGCAACUCGGCAGUGGUCAUUCGCAGUCCGUUUCCGGGCUUGUGCAGACGAUGCGGGGGCAAUUCCUGGAGAGCGCAGAGCACCAGACGACGCCGCUCCAAAAUAUCUACGACGCUCUUGGGAUGAGGCGCUCGCGUCUGUUCAACACUGCCGUUAUGUUCAGACCACUUCACUUGGAUGUCAUUGGAAACGACACUGUGUCACUGAGCCUGGUAGGCAGGAAGUCUUACUCUGAGUUCGAUAUCACCGCAUCCCUUGAGCGGUCGGAUAAAGUUGAGAUUAGCCUGCACUACUCGCCUCAGACUAUUUCGAAGGACAGCAUCACGGAAGUAGCUUCCUCGCUCUCACAGAUCCUAUCCGUGAUGCCUAAGUCAGCAACACUUUCCAAGAUCACUCGCUUUUGA